ACUCAAGCUGCUGGCGGCUGGCCACGUUCCCCUCCCUUUCCAGGACCCUGGAAGCCUGGCCUCCAGCUGAGCCAAAUGCAUGUGGUUUCCCCAUCCCUCGUCUCGUGACUCAGACCCUGAAACGGGAUCAGCCCUUCUGUAGACACAGGACUGUGGAUGAGGGUGGGGGGAGCAGAUCAUGACAUCACUGCCCCAGCUUAUAAAAUUGGAGGCUCCCGACCAAAUCAGACAGCGGAGCCCGAAGGCCACAGAUCCCCCCCAGUGCUGCCAUGAGAAUUCCCACCAGCUGAUCACCUGAUCCGGAACACCUUGUCCAGGAGCGCAAGCUGGUACCAUGCUGAGUUCAGCCUCUUUCCUGCAGUUUGUGACUGUUGUUUUCUUUUUAUCACACCUGGCUUGGUCUUUCUCUUCAGAGGAGUAUGAAGAAGAGGAGGAGGAAGAGGAGGAGGAAGAGAAGACCCCUCCUUCUAACAGUAGUCUCUGUGAUUAUGACCGAUGCAGACAUCUGCAGGUGCCCUGUAGAGAACUCCAGGGUCCCAGUGGCGACGAUUGCCUCUGCCUGUCUCUCUCCAGCGCCCACCAACCUCCAGACCCUCCCCGGCUCGGAGAAGUGCACAUCUGGGCGGACCAGGGCCGGGCCGCGGUCCACUGGUGUGCCCCCUCUUCCCCCGUGGACAAUUACUGGCUUGAGCUCUGGGAAGGAGGGGCCCUCGUUCGAACGGGCCCCCCGGUUCUGUACAACACCAGCGUCCGGAGGGCGGAACUGGAAGGACUGAAGCCUGGAGGAACUUACACCCUCUGCGUGAUUGCCUCAAACGAUGCGGGGACAAGCUUUGUGCCAGAGGGGGUUCUCCUGCCUACCACCUUCCCAUCGUUUGGGCCCUGCCGCCAUCUUUCCAUUCCCCCUAAACCCCAAACCCUGGUCCAUGUAGCAGUGGGGAUGGGGAUAGUGCUGGUCUGCAUAAGCUUUGCGGCCUUGCUAUGGCAUUUCUGUCUCAGGGACCGCUGGGGCUGUCCCCGCCGGCCCCCAGGUCCAGCUGCUUCCAGAGUGGGGGAAGAACUCUAGUGUCCCAGCCCCAGGCUUCAGGAGCACAGAGACUGGGGGGAGGGGGAGAUUAACCUUCACAGAGCUGCCAAGAAAAUGGCCCUAGAUUCGUGGAAGGCGGGAGCUCUCCUCACAAGGCAAGAUGACGGGGCUCUGCACCCCGGCCUGAGAGAGGGGGGCUCUGCCCGUCUCCCAGGUAAUGGCUAAAAGCUGCAUCAGAGAGAGGGGUCACUUCAUGGGCCUAGGCUCUGGGCUUUAGACGGACCCUUCUGGAGGGAGAAGGCUGCUUUUCUCCACUAGUCUGCUGCUUGCUGAUCAAUAAAGAUACUGUAAUGGA